CCACCAUUCUCUGGGACUUCUCGGUUCCUCCCAUGACCAUCCCUCAUGCUCUUCUAGAUGGCCCUUGGGAGUGUCCGAUCGAGUCCAUGAAACCAUUCAGGUUGCAGCGACAUAACGACGUUCGUCCUUAAGUUCUGUAGUUCGUUCUAGGACAUAGUAGAUUCCUCCGUGUAGAUCAUUUGGCAGGCACUAGUUAUGGCAUUCUAGGCUCGUUGUUUCGGUCUCCAUAAAGCUGUGCUUUGCAACGGUGGCUGUAGUUAACCGAUGGCGUUGAAAGGGGUUGUUGAUCAGCUGACGGUUGCCAGGGAGCACGCCACGCUCGGAAACUACGACAGCGCGCUGAUAUAUUACGAUGGGGUCAUUUCGCAAAUAAACAAGCACCUGCAGACGGUGGACGAUCCGUACACGCGGUCCAACUGGGUGUCGUGCAAGCAGCAGGUGCAGGAGGAGUUGGACCUCACCAAGGCCCUCGACUACGAGCGCCAGGUCUUCAAGGAGCCGGCGGGCUCCGCCGCCUUCGCCUGCAACCCCCGAUACACCAACGGCCACUCGCCCGUCCCUUCUGCCAGGCACCACGACGACGCCUUCGCCUCGCCGUUCGAGCCGCAGGAUCCCGACGUGUGGAGGCCGGCGCCCAACAGAGACCUCACUUCCCCCACAAAUAACCGCCGUGCGUCCGCUGUCAGCCGCGUAGGCGGAAGAGCAGGCGGCGGGUUUGACAGCGGUAGCAGGCACAGCAGUCGAGGAACCUCUCCGGGGUCGUUUGGUCGGUCGCCUGGAGCACAGGGCGUUGGCAGUGGGAGUAAAGCGGCGCCUGGCGGGAUAGCUGGGGCGCGCUCGCGCAUAGGAGGCGCAGGGGCUCGCAACAGCCUGGGCUCGGAUGCGCAAGCGUCGAAGCGAGCAGGCGCGGAGAGGGCGGCGGAGAGAGGGGGAGACGCGCGGGGCAGACGAGUGUCCGUGGGUGCCGUGAUCAACAGCGCUGUUGGCAAGCCCAGGGAUCCCAAAGGCCCGCCCAGCGACCCACCAUCGGAGGAGGAGGGCAAGGAGUCGAUCCCGCGCAAGCCACGGUUCGAGGGCUCUGACCCCGAGCUGGUGGCGAUGCUGGAGCGGGACGUGCUGGAGUCAUCGCCUGGCGUGCGCUGGACGGACAUCGCAGGCCUCAGUGAGGCCAAGCGCCUGCUGGAGGAGGCUGUCGUGUUGCCCCUGCUCAUGCCCGACUACUUCCAGGGCAUCCGGCGGCCGUGGAAGGGCGUGCUGAUGUUUGGGCCGCCCGGCACCGGCAAGACGCUGCUGGCCAAGGCAGUGGCAACGGAGUGCGGCACCACCUUCUUCAACGUCUCCUCCGCCACGCUCGCCUCCAAGUGGCGCGGCGAGAGCGAGCGCAUGGUGCGCUGCCUCUUCGAGAUGGCCCGCGCCUACGCGCCCUCCACUGUGUUCAUUGACGAGAUCGACUCGCUGUGCACGUCAAGAGGUGCGGCGGGCGAGCACGAGUCGUCGCGGCGGGUGAAGUCGGAGCUGCUGGUGCAGAUUGAUGGCAUGAACAACGCCGCGUCGCCUGAUGGCGAGCGCAAGAUUGUCAUGGUGCUCGCCGCCACCAACUUCCCCUGGGACCUGGACGAGGCCCUGCGCCGUCGGUUGGAGAAGCGCAUCUACAUCCCUCUGCCACCGCACGACAGUCGAGCUGCCCUUAUGAACAUCAACCUGCGCUCCCUUGAGCUGGCUACUGAUGUGGAUGUUGAUGAGCUGGCGAAGCGCACUGAUGGCUACAGUGGGGAUGACAUCACCAACAUCUGCAGGGACGCGUCUAUGAAUGGCAUGAGGCGGAAGAUAGCAGGGAAGACACCUGAGGAGAUUCGGAGCAUGACACGGGACGACAUGAACGAGCCCGUGACCAUGGCUGACUUUGAGGUCGCUCUCAGGAAAAUCCAGCCCAGCGUUGCCUCAGGAGACAUUGAGCGGCAUGAGCGCUGGCAUGCAGAGUUCGGCUCGUACUGAGUACUGAUUUGAAGACGAUGGGGUAGGGCGGUCGAGCAUAUUGGAUUGUUGUGUAUAUUCUCCAUGGGAUUCAUGAGCAAGUGGGGGUGCUUAGAAGUUAAUGUGCAGCCUUAACUUGAACAUUGCGGUCGUUUUCCAUAGUGUGUAUGAUGCAAAAAGUAAAAUUAAAUCCCUUAU